CGCACACGGCCUCGAGCCAACCCAAAGCAGACCGGACCGUCUGAACAGACAGCAUAAGAAGCGAGAAGGCAGAGACGGGAGCCUCGCCGCCGACGGGCAAGAUGCAGCGCGCGUCGCUCGCGUCCGCCUUGCUGCUGCUCUGCUCCCUCUGUUCCUUCUUCGCGCAGCCGUCGCAGGCGUUCCUCGACGGCACGCGCGGCGCAGGGGCGUGCAUUUCUCGGCUGCUUGGCGAGGGCUUCGGCGACGAGAAGAUCCCCAUGGCCGUCGUGGUGCCGUCGGUGCCAGAUUACUCCCCGCUGCCGGCACCGACCGCUGUCGCGGUCGCCGCGCCUGCGCCUGCGCCCACGCCCACGCCAACGCCAACGCCGGUGCCCGGCUCGGAGGAGUACAUGCCGAAGCUGCCGUCGGAGAGGCUGAGCCCUGGGGCGCCGGCCAGCGGCAAUGCGGGCGCGCCGGCGCCUGCCGCGUCGGGCGAUGGGGCGAGCACCGCAUUCAUCAGCAGCAACCCCGCGGUGCCGCUCCCCGCCGGCGUCACCGACUCCGCCACCGUCCUGCCCAUGCCCACCCCUGGACAAGAGCAACGGCAGGACGUGGGGAUGGGCACCCUGCUUCAGGCUAGGGCGGUGCCGUUGGUCGCUCCUCUCCUCAUGGUGCUCUACUUUUGAGUUUCUUGUUGGGGUAGUAGACUAGUUCCUUUCUCUUACUGUAUAAUCAUCGUGCGAUUAGUUGUCAGAAUCUGCGCUUGUAAUCAGCACCGUAGUGCUUUCGUUAUCAUCUAGUAGGCGAUUGUAAGCUCUAACCAUCUGUAAACAGUGUCACCUCUGCUUACUGCAUGCUUCUUGUCUCUUGUUA